AUGAAGCGUUCAAUGCAACUCGUCAAGUCGGCGCUGCGAGAACAGCGCAUGACCAGCAAAUCCAAGAAAAUCAAAAAGUCGCAGGAGCAUGACCCAACCCCGCAUAAACAGGGAAAGCAUCGGCAGAAUGCCCCCCAGAAACAAUCGGAGCAACAGCCCGCGGAACUUCAAGAGGUGCAUCGCGUUGCGGACGAAUGCAGGCAGGAUUCCCAAAAAGUGCGUUACGUACUGUUUGUGGGGAACCUGCCACUCUCUGCCUCAGCAGACGAAGUCCGGUCCUUUUUUGGCCGUAAACUCCAACUCUUUAUAAAGGAUGUCCGACUGCUAACCGACAAACAGACGAAAGCACCAAAAGGGUGCGCUUUCGUGGAGUUCAACAACAAAGAUGCCCUGCAGAUUGCACUGAAUUAUGACGGACGGACCCUCGGUGAAAGGAGAAUCAGAGUCGAACUCACUGCCGGAGGUGGCGGGAAGUCGAAGAAUAGAAUGGAAAAAAUCAAGAAGAAGAAUGCAGAUCUGCGAAAACGCCGGGCAAGUGCUAACUACGUGCCGCAAAUCUGUUUGUCUGCGAGGGCCUUAUUUUAUGCAUCAACACGUACAAGCUUGGUUUGA